ACCAAAGCUAAAUUCUGAAGUCUCUAUUAGUUGAGAGCUUCCAUUGUGUUUCAUGGAAUUCUUGCUUCAUUAGUCAAAAUAAUGGCAUUACAAACCCAGUUCCCAGUAUUUGCGCCGCCUCACCUACGCCCUCAACCCCAGCGCCCCACCACCGAAAUUCGUUUCUCCCGGUGGAACAACGCCAACGCCCAAAAAUUCAUUCGCCAUGAGCGCACCCAGAAAGAACUUGAGGACCAAAUCCGCUUCGAGAAACGUUUCGACUCCGCCCUUACCAUCGCACAUAAUUACAACCCUGCACCUCCUCACCCCACGACCUUCAAAUCCACCGGCACCCCUUCUGCGCCUUCCUCUCCUUCAAUCCCGGGAAAAGCUUCCAAGUAUUCUAAAUCCCCGAAGCACCCUUCCCGCGAUGCCCUCCACCCUGCCUUCAAGCCCUUCUCAAAGUCCCGGAAAAUUCCCUUGAAUGAGAAUGAAAGCCAAAAUCUUGUUGGCCCCAAUUUCAGGAUAGAUGAGAAUGGGGUUUCGUAUGAAAUUCCGGAGGCGCCGUUUGUUUACCAGUACAGUUACACUGAGACGCCUAAGGUGAAGCCGGUGAAGCUGCGGGAGCCGCUGGUAUCCCCUUUCGGACCUGGCACAAUGGCGAAGCCAUGGCUGGGGCGAAGCCCGCUGCCGCCGAGCAAGAAGAAGCUACCAGAAUUUGAUUCGUUUCAGCUGCCACCGCCUCAUAAAAAGGGUGUGAAGCCUGUACAGGCGCCUGGGCCGUUUCUUCCUGGUUCUGGACCGAAGUACGUCAGGUCCAGGGAGGAGGUUCUUGGGGCGCCGCUGAUUAAGGAGGAAAUCGUGGAACUCAUUGAAGGGUGUAAAAAGUCGAAAAGACAAUUGAACAUGGGAAGGGAUGGCCUAACACACAACAUGCUGGACAAUAUACAUGCUCAUUGGAAGCGACGAAGGGUGAUCAAGAUAAAAUGCAAAGGAGUAUGCACUGUAGAUAUGGACAAUGUGUGCCAACAAUUGGAGGAAAAAACUGGAGGGAAGAUUAUAUACAGAAGAGGUGGCGUCGUUUACCUUUUCCGUGGGAGAAACUAUAACUAUAAAUUUCGGCCUCGCUUUCCUCUCAUGUUAUGGAAACCUGUCGCCCCGGUGUACCCAAGACUGAUUCAACGAGUUCCUGAGGGUUUGACUUUAGAAGAAGCAAGUGAAAUGCGGAAAAAGGGGCAUGAUCUAAUACCAAUAUGCAAGCUUGCAAAAAAUGGUGUUUACUGUGAUCUUGUGAAAAAUGUUAGGGAGGCAUUUGAAGCCUGUGAAUUAGUGCGGAUCAAUUGCCAAGGAUUAAAUGCAAGCGACUACAAAAAAAUAGGUGCCAAACUCAAGGAUCUUAUUCCAUGUGUGCUAUUGUCGUUUGAAUGUGAACACAUACUCAUAUGGAGAGGAAGAGAUUGGAAGUCCUCUCUAGUGGAAACUGAUGAGAGUCCGAAGGGAUUGCAGGAAGUUAAAGCUGAUGAUGUAGAUAAAGAACUGUUAGCAUCAUCAUCACCAAGUGUUCAAAGCUUAGCGCUCAUGGAUGUAAACUCGAGUAAUCUUGGAACAAGCUUAUAUCCCACAUGCAGCAAUGAGUCACAUGGAAACACUGAAUUGGAUGAAGUUGGGGUAGAGGAUAUUGUGUCAGAAGUCACUGAUGUAUCCGUUACAGCUUCUCAUGUAGUCUUGACUGCGGAGACUGUCGAUGGCUCUGGGGAAUCUCCUGUUUCUAGGGUUUUCACAGUUAAUAAUUCAGAGACAUUCAAUCAAACUGUUGAAAGUGAAAUAGUUUCAAAUUGUUUAGUCGAAUCACAACUGAGACAGGAAAACAACGAAUCCACUGCAACUGUGUCGGAGUUCUCAUCUGUAGUUCCACAGCCUCAGGAGCAGUUAACUAAUCCUGGAAACGCUGACGAGCUGGUGAGUUUGAAUACGCCUUGGACUGAGGGAAUUUUACUUCUUAGGAAGCAAGCUGUAGAAAGUGGGAUGGCAUUGGUCUUAGAUGAUCAUAGCUUAGAUGCUGACAUUGUUUUCAAAAAGGCAGUUGCUUUUGCAAAGAGUGCCCCAGAUGGGCCUGUUUUUAAUCACCGGCCUAAACAGUUAGUCAUUCAGAAAAACAAUGAACAAGGAUGUGAUGAUUCAGUGCCAGAAGAAGCUUCAGCAGUUUUAGGGGCAGAAAUUACAGUUUCUGGCAGGAGGGAUGACAAAAAGAUUUCUAGAAAAGGAAACAUAAAAGAUAUGAAAACAGAUUAUCUCAAUGUAGUUCCACAGGGAAACCUGAGAGUAGAUGAACUUGCUAAGUUACUAGCUUGAUGUGAUGGGAUGACAUUGGGUGAAGUUAUUGAGAGUCUCCAGUAACUCUUUCCUGAGCUUCAUGGCUGUUUCUUGCAUCUUCGUCUUACUGUUGCAUUUAUUCCUCAAAGAUUGUUGCUCGUUGUCCUUAGGAUUAGAAAUCUACAUAGUUUUCUGUUAUGGUUGUUAUUGAAUGGUAUAUUGAUGGUAUCCAAUCCGUCUUGCAAUCAUUCUCUACAAUCAGGGAUGCUGGGUUCGGGUUAGACCUAGACUGGCCCCUACCUUGU